AUGGCAAUCAAACGACCAAAGCUUAAAUCUUCGUUGAAGCACCAGCUGGACCAGCUUAAAAAACAAAAGGACAAGCAGGGUAAGCCAAAAAAGGCAAACGAGACAUUAAAAAAGUCGGGCCUAAAAGCGGCAAAUUCGGCAUCCAAAAGCCAACGGAUAAAAUUCUUGUUCACUUUGAAUGUGCCUGAAAAGACACCACCUUGCCCUGAUAGCUUAAUUCCAUUUUCUCCGUUUUCUCGUGUAAUACUAUUGGGAGAGGGAAAUUUUUCUUUUGCUGUUGCAUUGGCCAAAUCUUUGUUUUUGACUUUUGAAAAUUCAAAGAAUCAAGAAGGUCAAGAAGGUCAAGAAGGUCAAGAAGGUCAAGAAGGUCAAGAAGGUCAAGAAGGU